CAAGCGAGAAAACUGAGAAGACCAUUAUGAAGAUCGUCGUAAUUUUGAUUGUGCUGAUCGCUACGGGAGUGGUUUACGCACACAACGAACAUGCACGAAGAUGGAGACAACACUAUGUGGAAUGUGCCCAGAUGUUUGGUGUGCCCAUUGAAGUCCGAAUCGAUCUGAUGUUAUGCGCGGCGAUCAAGGAUGGUGAAUUUCUGAAUACAGCUGGUGCAUACACUCGCGAAGGAGGUGCACGGAAAUUACGAAUGCUCAUUUCUGACCCAGUCAGAUUACAACAAGCAUUUCAAAUAUAUUACAAAUGCGAUAAUGAAGAUGACGGUGUGAGAUAUUUAGUGGAGGAAAUGAGGAUAUAUGGAAAAACGGUACAGACUUGCCUGUUCGAAGCUGAUGCAACAGAAG